AUGGAAGAUUCAGGAGUUGUUGCUCAGAAUGGGUGGGCUGUGAAUUACAACUCUAAAUCUUUCUGUGCUCUAAAGGGUUCUGCAGUGACCAUAGAGUGCACUUACACACCUCCAAAUAAUCACUCAGUCCAAAAAGCUUUCUGGACCAAAGAGCUGGUUACAUCUGUGUUAGAACCUCCUGAUCUGUCAGAUGAUCCAGAGUACAGAGGCAGAGUUCAGUACCUCGGAGAUGAACAACAGGACUGCGCUCUCAAGCUGAGGAAUGUGAGCGAAAAUGAUCAAAGUAAAUACUACUUCACAUUUAUAACAGACCAACCUGGAGGAAAGUAUCAAGGUGAAGGUGGAGUUGAUCUUUCGGUCACAGAUCUCCAGGUGGAGGUUCCUGAGAGAGUGAUAGAGGGAGAUAACGUUACUCUCACAUGUAAAACCACCUGCAGUCUGACAGUCAGACCAACAUUCACCUGGUACAGAAAUGGACAUCCUUUAUCCUCCAGUACUGACCAACUCCACCUGCAGCUGGUCAGCAGGGAGGAUGCAGGCAGGUAUCGCUGUGCUGUACUGGGUCUGAACUCUCCUGAGGUCACUCUGAAUGUCAGAUAUGGCCCAAAGAGCGUCUCAGUGUCCAUCAGUCCCUCUGGUGAAAUAGUGGAGGGCAGUUCAGUGAAUCUGACCUGCAGCAGUGAUGCAAACCCACCUGUGCAGAACUACACCUGGUUUAAAGAAGGUGGAAGCUCACCUGUAGGAUCUGGACACAGUUACAGCGUUCAACCGAGAGGGUCCUACUACUGUGUGGCUCAGAAUGAAUAUGGAUCUCAGAAAUCAGCUGCACUGAAAAGAAAUCACCACAAUGAUGUGGCAGUGAGAUCAACAGCCAGUGAUACAGCACCUGAUCCAGAUCCGUCCAAUCAGGAUGAUGUUCCCUAUGCCAGUGUUGUACCUCUGAGAGUCAGAAACCCCAGGAAUGCUGAGAGCUCUGCAGUGACAGCUUCUGCCUUUGGUACUGAUGAGGAGGUUCAGUACGCCAGCGUCCAGCACCGCCGUGAUAAAGUGGUAGAGAACACGGAAGGAGACAACAUUCAGUAUGCUAGUGUAAGAUUUACUCGUAGCGGUGUUACCAACAGGUCUGCAGUUUCCACACUUGAUGAAGUGAUUUACAGCAGCAUGAAAUAA